AUGAAACGUGACAGGAUUUGGUGGGGAUGGAAAACUCCACUGCUGCUGUUGACCCUUUUCGGCGCUCAGCUGCCACAACCGGUAUUCGGCCAGGACGGGAACGUGUCUGCAGUCGCCACGGAAGAAACGGAUCAGACUGUCAACUUCUCGUUCGAUCGGUUGAUACUGCUCGAGGAAAAGCUGACCGUGUUCGACAUCAAACGCAUCGCCAAUGGAUGGAGUACGCUACGGCCUCGUCUUAGCGGACAGUGCGGCGACCAGAUGACGCAGUAUCUGCAGGGUCUGCAGACGGAGAAGCUGUGGGCGUUAAAGAUGGAUGACUCGUCGGGCAAAUAUACGAAAGGAUUCUUCUGGGGCAACAACUACUGGACGGGCUCGAUGGAUCAGUGCACGUACAUCUAUCAGAACGACAGUGGGUCCGAUCCAGCUCCGAAAAAGAAGGGUCGUAACACGGACAUCACCUACAUCAACGGGAACUUCCUUGGAUCGUCCGAAUUGGAGCAUCAAAAUCCUCCCUUCGUGCCUGGGUUCUACAUGGCCAAAAUCCUAAUCAACGGUACCGAAUCAUUCAAUGCGAUUCGAACGGUCGUUGUGGGACUUUGUCUACCGAGUGCUUGCAGCAUUGCCGAUGUUGAAACACUGCUGAAGCUGGACAUCAGUCGGCGACAUGUUGAACAGGAGCUGGUUGGCGUGCGAUCGCCCACAUUGAACAACUUCUCACUCUGGGAUGACUUCACCUUCCGGAUCUUAUUCAUCUUCUCGGUGAUCGUCGUUAUCCUGCUGAUCAGCGGUACCGGCUACGAUCUGGUGCUACGGCGUCGCUACAAAGCCAAGAUGCGCAUCAAGAGCUACUGCAAGGAGCUGACCGGGGACAUGACGAACGGGUUGGGCUGCACCACGUACGAUUUGACGCGCCGCGAGCCGGAAGAGAACGGCAAAGGUAACUGCACCGUAAUCCGGGUACCGACGAGCGUUAACAAUAACAACUCCGAUGAGAACCUUGCCGUGGAGUUGACCGCAACGGAGGAAACCAAGUUGAGUUUGUGGGCCGAGUUGCUGCUGUCCUUCUCGGUGGUGACCAACUUCAAAGCGAUCUGCGACAAGAAUGUCGGUAACGAUACCAUCCCUUCGAUCCAUGGACUUCGUGCCAUUUCUAUGGCGUGGGUCAUUCUGGGCCACACAAUGAUCGUCGUGUUCAAAUACUCCGACAACAUGGAACUGCGGAAGGUGGUGGAGAAGGAGUUCCUGUUCCAAAUCGUCCUGAACGGCGCUUACAGUGUAGACACGUUCUUCUUCAUCAGUGGAUUCCUGGUAUCAUUCAUCUAUUUCCGCACCAAUGCCAAGGGCAAGCUGGAGAAGUUGACCAAGGGUGUGAACGAGUUUACGGCCGGUACAUUCCACUUCUUCGGUCUCGUUGGCUAUCGAUUUGUGAGAUUGACUGCCCCCUACCUGUACGUACUCGGAGUAGUGGAAGUGGUGAUGCGUUAUCUGGAACAAAACUCGGUGUUUGAGCCACCGACCCAGGAUCACGUCAACUGUCCCAAGUACUGGUGGCGUAACAUACUCUACAUCAACACACUGUUCCCAGUGGAGCAGAUGUGCAUGCUUUGGAGUUGGUACUUGGCAGAUGACACACAGUUCUACAUCAUCGGUGCGCUGAUACUGAUUAUUGCCGUACGGCACUUCAAGUUUGCCGCAACCAUGAUGUCCGUGUUUAUGGUAUCGGCUUGGGCAACUACGGCCUAUAUUGCCUUCUCCAACAAUCACAUGCCCGAUGCGGACGAUCCAUUCGCGCUGUUUGAUAAGAUCUACGACAAACCCUGGACGCGCCUGGGACCGUAUCUGGUGGGCAUGAGUGUGGGGUGGAUUCUGUUUAAGACGAACUGCAAAAUCAAGAUGUCCUUGCUGACAGUAAUCUCGGGAUGGGUGACCUCCACCAUGAUGAUGUUGUAUCUUCUGUUCGGUCUGUACAAUACGACGCUCACACAAACGGCUGCGGCAGCGUACAGUUCGCUGAGCCACACCGGCUGGGCCAUUGGAUGUGGAUGGGUUAUCGUAGCGUGUUCGUCUGGGUAUGGAGGAUGGGUUAACAAGCUGUUGUCCACCCCGAUUCUGUAUCCGUUCUCGCGUGUGACGUACUGUGCCUAUCUGGUACAUCCCAUCAUCAACCGAAUAUACGCCCUGGAGUCAGACUCUCCGAUCCACAUGACUCCCAAUGCGCUGACCACCGUCUACCUGGGCCAAGUGGUGUCAUCCUACGUGCUUGCAUUUAUCAUCUCGCUUUCAUUCGAAGCGCCCGUCGUAACGAUGCUUAAAAUACUCUCGCCGAACCGAAAGAAACGUAUCUAA